AUGAGCGAACAAGACAUUGUAGAAAGAGCUUUGAACCUAGGGACUACGUAUUUUAAGAAUGAGGACUAUAGUAAGGCUGCCAAGAUAUUUACGAAGGCAUUGAAGCUUGUUCAGUCUUAUAGCGUCGAUGACUUGAUUAAACUGCGAUCAAAGCACGGGCUUAGCAGACAUUUGGGCGAUGAUCCUAGCCGAAUAACACAUCCCAGAUAUCUGAAAAUUUUGGAUAACAGGGCUGCUACAUGGGAGAAACUGGGUGAUCUUCAUAAGGCUUUGAAAGAUACGAAAAAAAUGGUGAAAGAAGAUCCGUAUCACUUGAAGGCUUACGUUCGGUAUGGUAAAAUUCUUCAAAAACUCCAGCUGGAUGGUGAAGCAGACGAAGUUUACGAGCGGGCGUUGAAAAUAGCUGACGGAGGUUACCGGAGAUUUGGAAUUUCGGCCUCUGAGAGGCUUGUUGAAGCGAUUACAUUACAAAAGAAUUUGAUCCGUUCACGGAAAAUUUCGCGCGAAUCUCUAGCUACAGUUGGUUGUGAGAAAAGACCAAUAGCUCCGGAUUCAAAAGAUGCAACGAAGUUUUUGUGUGGUGGACUUAAAAAGAAGAAGCCCGAGAUCCCUCUGGGGACAGAUUUGAUUAGCAUGUGCCCUACGGAGUUGUUCGUCGCGAUUUUUCGUCACUUGACUACUAAGGAACUCGUCAAUUGUAUGCUUGUGAGCAAACUCUGGCGCUGGCGUCUCAUGUCCGUUCCCCAGGUCUUCAAGGAUAUCAAAUUGAACUCGGUCUCCUACCGACACACUGCUAAUUUGGUCGAGUUUUUAAAGCGACUAUCCAAGGUAGCCAGUCGCAUACAGAUUAACAUGCUAAUCUUCGCCCCGUGUUUGAAAGCAGAAGAGGACCGGUCUCUGAAACUUUUACUAAGCUGCUCGUUCCUCAACGUGCGAAAUUGCGUUUUGAAGACUAAAGAAUUGAGCUUGGACAGAAUCUCGAAUUUACUUCGGACAAAUCCUAAACUAGCAUCGAGCAUUGAGAAUUUAACGCUGGUGGCAGCUUACAGCAGAAAUCUGUCAGAUGCUGCUGAAAAUGAACUCCUGAAUCUGACAACGAACUUAAAAACUUUAGAACUCAUUGUUCCUAGAACUAUACAACCGGAGAGCUUGACGUCGCUUCUGAGAGAAAAAAAUGACCUCCAAGUGGUGGAAGCGAAUAUACAGAGUUUGGAAUCGGUUAAAAUCAUAUGCGAUUUUAGGCACGUAAACCCUUUCUUCCCUUACAGAAAAGCGAUUACGAAUAGCCUGCCCUCCACGAAACUUCGAAAAUUGUUUAUAUGCGGAGCUACAUGCGAAUCGGGGAUGAAUUUUCAAUGGCUGGCGAAUUUUCCGAACCUGGAUGAGUUUUGGUUCGAAAACAAUAAGAAUGCAUUUUUUCAUGACUUUCUGCAGACAGUCAUCGAGCGUCCGAUAUUUCACAACCUUUCCAAGCUUAUAUUUCGUGAGCAUCGCAUCAACAGUCAGCCGAUCAACCUGUUAGAGUUUCCAGCACUCCACGAAAAUCAAGGUUUCAUUAACAAUUUAAUUCACUUGACAACUUUAGACAUAAUGAGCACAUCGCUUGGAGGUCAUGGACUUUCAAAAUUAUUAUUCAGCCUCACAGAGAAUAAGAUAAGAAAGCUCAAUAUCGGUGAUUGCCCGUAUAUGCACUUCCAAAGGACAAACGACGUCGGAUUUCUGGACCUAGCACUUGCUCUGCAAAAAGUCCCUCACCUCGAAGACUUGAGCGUGCAUCAAGCGGUAGCUCUCGAUGACUUUUCGCUAAAAAAUUUGAAGGCUGCUGCAAAGUAUGUGAAAAAGUUGCGCAAGCUAGAUUUGUCCUUCAACAUGGCACUAACUGGUCCGGCAAUUUAUGAUUUUCUUCGCGGCCUUACUGAAUCUGAUUACAUUCUUCUUGACAAACUUAGUUUGCAUGGAUGCCCUUCGGUAUCGGAACUCACCGUAAAAGCCAUACGAUCAAAGGGCCUUGUUAAGGAACUCGAUUUUAGUUUGGACAAAGCUUCUUGGAAAGUAUUUGGGGUCAAUAGCCUUGCAUCAUUCAAUUAA